GAUACGAGUUUAGUUGGCCUUUCCAUACGCGAUGUCAAAAAUAUUUCUUCUCGUUCUUUGCACCUCGUCUAAGCUAGAGCUAUAAGGAAAUCUUAUUUUGCGAGAAUGAAGCUGGAGCUUCUGCUCACCAUAGCCACCACUGCAAUGGCUAUGAAGCAGCGUGACUUACACGACGAAAGACCGUUUGAAUAUUGCUAUGAACCAUUGAAUCCCCUAGAAAGUGCGAGAGCCACAAGAACAGUCACGAAUAUGUUUUUCGCCUGCAAGAAGGAGUGGCUUGACUUGAACAUACGCCCUUCCAUUAUAAAGGAGUUCGACGUAUUCUGCAUCGCCUUGCGAAUGUGCUACAGCUUUGCAGCAGACAAGGAUGCGGGCAUUCAUAGCAGGGUUGCAGUAAUGUUGGACUGCCUUGACAAGCUGGCUCUUGCAGAAAUCACAGCAAAACAGGAUUGGGCGGAUAAGUACCACUUCAAUUUCACUACAGCCAUGAAAUCUUACAGGCUGACAGACGGAGCGACCGCCCGGCCGCCCGCCGCUGCCUCGUCGCCCAUCUCCUAG